GAAAGAGAGAUAGUAAAACUGUGUGUGCGCGCGCACGGGGGCAGCGGACAUCCCUCCCUCGCGCCUCGACGCCCACUGGCUGAUCACCACGCGAUAGAGUGCGCGAGGAUGAGAGAUGGACAGCAGCGCGACACAGGAGACACAGCAAUAACAGGAAACUCAGUGGCGCUUUCAACGCUGAUGCUCCCGGUGACCAGCGGACACCUCAAAAACACCGCCAUAUAACACCACAGGAAAGUGACCAAGCGGGGGAUGCGUGCUGUCUGACUGUUUUAUCCUGAAAGCAGAUCAGAACAGAAAUGGAGGCUAUGGAUUCCCCUUCGGAUCGAUUUCAUCAGCAGCCUUCCCAGAUGUGUCCCUUCGAGCUGUAUCGCAGCCUGCCAGAUUCCAACCCCUCAGGCCACCGAUUUCCCCCUGGCAGCUUGUCUUCUCAUCCGCUCUUCUCCCCUCUCAUGCACCCCAAUAGCAUGUCCCAAAAGUGGGGCAGUUUCCGACAGCGUCAGGGCUUGUUCCCUGGGCUUCUGGUGGAUGAUGAUGUAAGUGAGGAGGAUGUCUUUGGGAAGAGGGAGUUUGGGGCGACCUCAUCAUCACAGCGUGGUUCUGGAGAACGGGGACAAGCUCCUGAGCCCUCUGACUGGGGGCAGGAUUUUGCAAGAGUCAAGAGACUAAGAAUGGACUCUGCAGCUAGAAGCGAAGAUGAAUCAAUUAGAGAAGGGAAGAGAGGGAGAAAGAGUAGAUCUUCAUUUAGGAUGGAUGAGAAGAAAGGAAUGGAGCAAGGUAACAGGAGGGAAAGCAGGGAAGGAAGGAAGCGGCAGCGGCAAGAACUAAAGCUUCAGCUGGAGGAAACCAGAGGGAAACUUCUUGAACUUCAGCGCAAGGUGUGGAGGGUGUACGGAGGGCAGGCGGACGAUGAGAAGGAUCAAGAAAACGGAGGAAUCAAUCUGGAUGAGGUUGCUGAUAUGUUUUCUGACAGCGACGAUCCACUUGUAGGCAAUGGAUUUUCUCCUCAACGUUGUUCGUCUAAGAAAAACAAUGAAACCAAUGGAAAUGGCAAUGCUGGAAUUUUUCCAGAGACCUCCGUGGACCUGGACCUGGAGUUAAACGGCAGUCAAGUGUGGCUGGGAUGCAGUUUGAUCAGGGGCGAGUGGGAGAGCGCAGAGGGAGGGCAGAAGUUUGCUCAAGCGCUGAAGCAGGAGCUUGCCAAUGUUGUCGCUCAGGUUAUUGACAGAGUUGUUCGUCUCUAUGCUGAAAGUGACCCCGAGGCAGUCUCAUCCGCCCAGGAACCCAGCAUGACGAUGGAUCUAAACUCAGACAGGAGGCCGAGACCUCAAGCUGUUGAGCAGGUAGAAGCUUUGCCACUCGUCACAAAGAGUCCUCAAGACAAGAGGGCCCCUGUCGCUCAAAGUGGGCACAAGGACCUCCUCCUCCCUCAAGCCAAUCCUAGCCUCGCUCCGCUAGCCCAGCCGCCUCUCCCGGCACUUUUACCCCCCAGGGGCAAGGAGCAUUUCCUGCCCUCUUAUCCCCCAGACAACCCUGUCCACCUGCCCCUUCUUCACUACACCAUGCAGAAUCUCUUUGCCCGCUCCCUCUCCAGUCUGCCUCUUCAUAAGGACUGCCUGUCUGAAUCUUUCAUGGACUUCCGUUCCCACAACUCUGCGUUCCCACCCCUCCCGCUGCUGGGCCAGCUCGACCCCUCUCCAUCAGAUAGAGCAAGGGAAGUGGGCAUGAGGGCAGGUGGUGCGGGAAUGGUGGAUGGUGCAGAUGCAGCACUCUAUCUUGCUGCAGGUUCAUCUCAGGAGGGCCUUUCUCCGUGCCACUUGAAGAAAGCCAAGCUCAUGUUCUUCUACACGCGCUACCCCAGCUCCAGCACGCUGAAGACAUAUUUCCCUGACGUCAAGUUCAAUCGCUGUGUCACUUCCCAGCUGAUUAAGUGGUUCAGUAACUUCCGGGAGUUCUUCUAUAUCCAGAUGGAGCGCUUUGCCCGGCAGGCAGCCAGAGAGGUGCUUACAUCUGCCAGAGAAAGGGCUCUCCGCCUGGGCAGAGACACCGAGCUUUACCGCAUUCUCAACAUGCACUACAAUAAGAGCAAUGAUUACCAGGUUCCAGAGAGGUUUGUGGAGAUAUCUGAAGUGGCCCUGAGGGAGUUUUUCACCGCCAUCCAGAGCGGUCGGGAUGCUGAUCCAUGCUGGAAGAAGUCCAUCUAUAAGAUCAUCUGUAAAUUAGACAGUCCAGUGCCCGACAGCUUCCGGCUGCCCGGAUGCCCCACGGAUACUUACCGGAUGGGUUAAAGAGAGUUUAUCUACCACACAGGAUGGCCAGCAGUUUAAAUAGAGGGCUUUAUUGUUGCUCACUUAUUGCUGGUUCUGGAGGUAUUUGUCCUAUUAAUUUUUCCCAAACAAAAGUCUUUGUCGAAGGGUUAUAAGUGAUUAGUUCACUCAAAAACGACAAUUUACUCUCCAUUUACUCCCCCUCAAGUAGUUCUAAAAGCUUUAUGAGUUUUGGUUUUAUGCUGAACACAAAAGAAGAUAUUCUGAAGAAAGCUGAAAACAUCAUUUGACAUCCAUAGUAGAAAAAUCAGAUAGUAUGAAAGUCAAUGGUUACCAGCUUUUUUCAAAAUAUCUUCUUAUAAACAGAUGUGGAAGAAGUGAAGGGAGAAUAAAGGACGACAGAAUUUUCAGUUUUGGGUGAACUUUCACUUUAACCAAACCAGCAAUCUGCUAGAUGAAUCGUUGCACAACAAUAAGCACUUCAAUUAGAAGCGAAGCGUACAAAAAUCCUAGAUUGAAUACUAUGAAUUAACAAAGGAAAGAACUGCAAAUAUGCGAAGCACAGCAAAUUAUACAAUCCAACUGAAAAUUAAUAGAAAACUAUUGAUUUGAAGGAGAAAACUAUUGAUUUGAAUUUGGUUGUAUUUAUAGCAACUAUAUAUUUCAAGUUUGUUGAUGUGGGCGAAGAUAUAUUUGCUUUGCUUCACUUUGUUCGCUGCAACUCUGAUUGGUGGAACUUUUUUUGUACAGCAUUAUAGGUAUUGUAGUUUUUCUGCCAGGUAUUGCCAGUUCUGCUAUAGACCAUGAUCGUUUUACAGAUGAAUUAUGUAUUAAUUAAUGUGAACAGAUGGGUUCAGCUAAAGCACAUACAGUCAGCGAACAACCUCAGAGCUCACAACAGGUCUGUCUUAAAAGGUUUAUAAAUUAUUGCUAGAAAUCAGUUUCCCUAUGGAGAAAAUGAAUGGAAUUAAAACUGGUAGAACUUCAAUAUUGCACUCUAUCAUUGACAGUGGAGGAAAAUGUACAAAAUAGUGCUGUUAAGAUCAGUGAAUAUUAUUAUCAUCAUGAUGCUCAAAGGUAUUACACAUUUUAGUCCAGUUAGCACUGAAAACGCAUCUGAUUAUAUGGAAAAGAGUUUCACAUUUUGUCAGCUGUUACAUUAAUGCUCAAUAAUUGAUCUGGAAAUGCAGGCCUGGUUGGCUUUCAGACUUUUUUUAUAUAUAGAUAUUACUUGUUAUUCAUGAUAAUGUUGCUGAGUUUUCUGUGAACCUGUGGUAUGGUGUAAUAAAAAUAUGUAAAACA